AUGGACAUGGACAAUCAUCAAGAAGGAGAGACACAGGGAGUCAAGAUUUGCGAUCCACCCAUAAAAAGCACCACAACAGCAGCAGACACCCUGGCAACCUCACUUUCACUCUUGGGGAAUCACAUGUUUCCGGAUCUGGUGGCCAGGAAGACUGCACAAGAGGAGGAACGGACACAAGCUGUACCGGAAGAACCCCUUCAGGACUCGGGAAGCUCCAUCGGUUCUUCAACGACUGAGCCGAAAGUCGAGGAGCAUCAAGAUGACGCCACAAAUGCCUCGCAAAGCGACUCAGAAGAUUUUGUCAUCACCAUGCUGGCUAAGGCCAAGCUAGAGGAGCAAGGCCUCGGCUUGAAGGGUCGUUCAUCGCCACUAUUGGAGACGGGCGUCCAAGAAUCUCCCCUCGCUGUUCACAGCACGACCCACCGCGAAGAGGACGUGAUGGCAGAAAGCUGGCGGCGUCACAGAAAGCAUGUUUUUGUGCUAAGUGAAGCUGGAAAGCCUAUCUAUUCACGCUACGGCAGCGAAGAAGCUCUCUCAUCAACGAUGGGCGUCAUGAUGGCACUGGUGUCCUUUGUGCAAAGUGGAGAUAACAUCAUACGCUCCGUCUACUCAGAGGAGCACACAGUUGUCUUCCUCCAAAAAGGGCCCCUUGUGCUCGUGUGCGUGUCCAGUAGCCGUCAGUCGGAACAGCAGCUGCGCACCGAGCUCCUCUACGUCUACUACCAGAUCAUCAGCAUGCUAACGCAGGCCAGCAUCUCUCGCAUCUUCGAGCAUAAGAAAAACUACGACCUGCGUCGUCUUCUGGCCGGCUCUGAGAAGAUCCUGGACGGCCUCCUGGACCUGGUGGACUCAGACCCAAGCUUCUUGCUAUCGGCCGUGCACUGCCUGCCGCUGGCGUCCUCCCUCAGGGACUCGCUCAGCCAGAUCCUGCAAAAGGCUAUCACGCCUAACUUGGUUUUCUCCAUUCUGGUCGCCAAGAAGCAGCUCCUGACUGUCGUUCAGGAGAGGGCGGUAAUCGACGACGCCCGCCUGGAGCCAGCUGACGUCCACUUGCUGCUGAAUCUCGUGGGCGCCUCGUCCGCCUUCCAGGCCGGCGAGAUCUGGACUCCCAUCUGCUUGCCGCUCUUUAACCCCGACUGUUACUUCUACGCUUACAUCUCCUACCUGGACCCGCCCGAGUGCACGGUGUGCCUGCUGUUACUCUCCACUGACAAGGAGGCUUUCUACGCCGUGGCCGAUUGCAAACGCCGCAUCGAGGAGGCCAUGGCGGCGCAGGGCUCAUUGGGGCUUAUUGCCAAAGCAAGGCCGUAUGUUGUGAGUCAGGUGGGCGUGGCUGACUUACGGCACUUCAUGUACAAGCCCUUUGACGUCCCCGACAACCAUCGCCAGCUCACGCAGUUCACCAGCCCCGAGAUGGAAGCUCCAUACCACACAGAGGAGGAGAAAAUGAGGCUCUUGGACCUUUACCGGUUCAUGCACAGUCGCAUCCACAGUAGCUCUCGACCCCUCAAACUCAUCUACCACGUUGCCCAGAGGGAAACUCUUCUAGCGUGGGUGACAAGUAAAUUCGAGCUAUACACGUGCUUCAGCCCGCUGGUGACUAAGGCGUGCGCCAUCACGGUCAUCACUAAGCUCCUCCGCUGGAUCAAGAAGGAGGAGGAUCGUCUCUUCAUCAGAUAUCCGCCCAAGUACUCUACCACACCCAAUCCCGCCAAAAGCUCACGGGGGGCCAAGGCGGAGCCACUGGACUCUGCCGACAAUGGCUUCCUGUCCCUGCUUUGA